AUGGGCUUCGAUACAGCUCUAACACGGUUACUGGGAAUCAGGAUCCCUGUUGUUCAAGGAGGCCUCCAAUGGGUCGCCUACGCCGAACUAGCCGCCGCUGUGAGUAAUGCAGGUGGAUUGGGAAUCAUCAACGCCCUGACGCAGCCGAAUCCGGAAGGCCUACGUCAGGAGAUCAGGAAGACAAGGUCGCUCACAAAAUUACCCUUUGGAGUCAACCUGACGCUGCUGCCCGCCCUGAACCCGCCCGAUUACCCUGCAUUUGUGAAAGUGAUCAUCGAAGAGGACAUUCGGAUCGUGGAGACGGCAGGGAACAGCCCUGGACCAGUGAUCAAGCGACUAAAGGAAGCGGGAAUCAUAGUUAUCCACAAAGCCACAACUAUCAGACAUGCCAAAGCAGCUAUUCGACUGGGAGUGGAUGUGUUAUCGAUUGACGGAUUUGAAUGUGCCGGUCACGUUGGAGAGUCCGACAUCGCGUCGUUGAUCCUAAACAGUCGAGCACGUCAAGAACUCGGCAACGUCCCGUUCAUCGCCUCAGGCGGCUUCGCAGAUGGAUAUGGCCUCGUUUCAGCCCUGAGCCUCGGAGCAGCUGGUGUCAACAUGGGCACAAGAUUCAUGUGCACAGUUGAAGCACCAAUCCACAUCAACGUGAAGCAAGCGAUUGUCGACGCCGAUGAACAUCAGACGACUUUGAUCCUGCGUCGCUGGAAGAACACCAGUCGGAUGUACUCGAACUCGCAGACGAAGAAGGCUAUAGAGAUUGAGACCCAAAGCGUGAGUGACGAUUUUGCACAGGUUGGCCCAGUUGUCAGUGGCGUGAAGGGCAGAGAAGUCCUGGUGGAAGGUGACAUCGAACAUGGCGUGUGGUACGCAGGUCAAGUCAUGGGGCUGAUCCAUGACAUCCCGACUGUUGCAGAAUUAUUGCAGAGAAUCGAAAAAGAAGCCACGGACACUAUUCGAAAUCUCUCCAGGCUCAGUAUUCACGCAUCCAACCAGGCCAGACUGUGA